UGUUUCGCAGUCGCGAUAUACAUCGUUGCGUGGAACAUAUAAGGACUGAUUGGCGAACGAUGACGGAGAUCGCGGAUCGACAAGUGAUGCUGAAGUAUGCCAAAGUCGGCCGUUUCGUCGCCGGGCUAUGCGCAAUUUUCAUGCAUGGCGGCGUAUUCUCGCAUACCGUAUUGCAAGAUACCACGCAGAGUCCAGCGGGCGAGAUCGCAUUAGCGCUGCAAAUUAUUUCAAGUAUCGUCGUCAAUUCCAUUACGGUCGGCGCCUGCAGUCUCGCGGCGGUGUUUGCGAUGCACGCGUGCGGCCAGUUGAAUGUACUAAUGAGAUGGCUGAACAAGUUGAACGAUCGAAAGCAGCAAGAGACGGUACAGCAACAAAUGGCGAUCAUUGUGGAGCACCAUCUGAGAGUAUUAAG